UUACGAUUCUAUAUAAUGAUUUUUAUUCAUCUGUGUUUCCUUCAUUUUACAGGGUGUCCUAUGAGUGAUGUUAUUUCGAUUUCGAAGAUGAGCAAAGAAGAAUUAGUGGUUUUUGGCAUCAUAAUUCAUAUUCUAUCAAAGUGACGCUGACGCUAUGGGACACCCUGUAGAAGAUUAGAAACUGUGCUGAAAUCAUGUUGAGAACAUUAUUUCUCAAAAUUCUAGUGAAAACGAAAAACGAAAAGGAAAACACGAAGAAUGCUGAAUGCAAUAAAAAAGGAAAAACUUGAAAAGAGCUGAAAUAGUCGUCAUUAAGCGCUCCUACCGUCAAAACUACGUACUAAAUUAUCCGGAACGCCGAAAAUAACCAGGCCCAGUACAUUAAAAAUGACAUGUGGCGUUCGAAUUAGCCCAAUUCCAAGAUUAUCCAAUUCAUUAGUUUACAAAAACAAAAAUGUCGAGAUAAUAGCGUAAAUUUUAAUUAUUUUUUCUUUUAGUUUGCUCUAUCUCUACCCUAGGUAGACCUUGAAAAUUCCAGUUAUUAUAAUGACGUUUCUAUCAGUAUCAACGUAGAAUUCGGAGUGCAUUCGGUGUAAAUUUCAUUUGUACGAUGGCCAUGGCGAUGAACAACAAAAUAAUUAAAAUCUGCGAAGAUGAGGGGACUCAGCCCAUAGUACUCCCUGUGGACGAAGCUGACGGUUCGUUGCCAUUAUCAGGUUUGAAAAAAGUCGUCCCCAAAGCUAUCGGAUUAUGGUACUACACGGAAAGCGAUUCGAUCCGAGGAGUGAAAAUGACCAAUGGCAAAUUCUAUCCACCGUUCAACGGAUGGGGUAACGCAAUCUAUUAUUGUGCAACUCUAUCGGAAACCAAUGCUGACGAUAAUGAAGCCGACGAUUCGGAAGAUAUGGGCAUCGUAAGCAUCGAUAAUGUUCGAAUACCUGAAAAAAAUGAUGAUACUCAGUCAGUCGAUCAAAACAUAUUACGAGGUAUCAAGAAGGCUGUUAAUUCAUCUUCGUUUACUAGUUUCGCCGAUGAUGAUAAAAAAAUACCCACUGCCCGACGGCCCCACCGUUGUGAUAUUUGCGGAACUUGUUUUACACAACAGUCUCAUAUGCUGCGUCAUCGGCGGAUACAUACCGGAGAAAAGCCUUUCGCUUGCGAUACCUGCAGCGAGCGUUUUUCUAGAUCUGACAAGUUAAAAUUGCAUAUAGACAGAUGCCACAUGGCUCCUAUAGCAAUGCUGGAUCCACCUCAGAACGAAUCCGCUUCGCCUAUCAAAGAGAAACGAGAGAAGAAACCGAGGAUCCUGGACGAUGCAUACGACUGGUCCAUCCGAGCACCUUCAGCCAGCUCUAGCACUUCUCCAAAUAAGACGAAACACCUCACCGUACGUUUCAAGAAAACUGCCAAAAUUGACUUAGAUAACGGCCACGAUGGCUAUUAUUCCGUCGUGAACAUGGCAGAGGUGGAAAUGGAAGACGACGAACCCGUCUCCAUAGUUCCAGUCGCGUUGGCCGAGAUAAAGUCCGAACCGGAGGAAUCAGUGCAUCUGCAGGAGCCCGAAUUCAUCGACACUUCAGAAACGGCCUCCGACGAAAAGCCUUUUAGAUGUGAAGAAUGCUGCAAACCGUUCGCUAAAAAGAAUCAAUUACAUAGGCACAUGCGGAUCCAUACCGGCGAACGUCCGUUUCAAUGCGAGAUUUGUAUGAAAUCUUUCACUCGUGUAGACGCGUUGAAAAGGCAUAUGGCUUCGAUGGGUCAUCAAAAGCAGAAAGAACAGUCGGACGUUGAUGUCGAAGCUGUUACUGAGAUUUUAAUCGAUACUUAUCCGGAUAUCUUACCCAAUGGUAUGGAAAUCGAUCCUUUGAUCGACGAGAGCUCCGAUCAUCAAGAGGUCGAAAUCGUCGAGGAAGAUAUCGAUAGUGAAACGCAUUGCGACGUUGCCAGUUUCGCCCAAGUCACCUAUUCUAAUUUGGAGUCUGCGAAUAGCGUCAAGCAAGAACCCGCCGAUGAGACGACGACCAAAACCAAUUGCAAGAAAGUCAGCCAAGGCAAAGAGAACUAUUGCCAACAAUGCAAUCACGCCUUUACGAAUAAGUUUAAUUACAAUCUGCAUAUGGAGUCGCACAAAAAGGUAGCUAGAACGUACAAAUGCACAUAUUGCGAGUAUGUGUUUAGAAGGCAAUCCCACUUGACCAGACAUAUUCUCAUCCAUACCGGAGAAAAACCAUUCAGGUGUCACUUGUGUGAGGAGCGAUUUUCUCGCUCCGAUAAGCUCAAGUUACACGUCAAAAGGACGCAUCCCGGCUGCUUUGGAAAUUCUGUGAAACCGACUAUUGAAAUCGAGCACAGCUGAAACUAUCGAAAAAUAGUCACGCUACCUGUUGAUAAAAUCCAAAAAGACGAAUUAUUAUCGUGUAUUUUAUUUUAAAAAAAACAAAGACUAUUUAAUUUUACCUCACGUUAAAGUGAAUUGUUUCUCUUCUUAUCAUGUUGUGUAAUGGCACGUAUGACUCGUGUAAAAAUGUUUACAUAAAGUAUUUGUUCUCUUUUUUUAAAAAAAAAUUGUAUUACGUUUGUAUUUUUAAUUUGGACAUUGGAAUCGGAAGAGGGGGUAUUAGAUUUGUGUUCAAAUUUAUAUUAUUUGUACUAUUUAUCGGUAUUUGACCAAAAGUAUUUUAGUAUGUAUCGUUUUAGAUUACGUUUUUAAUAAUUUAAAAUGUACUAUUAUGUAAGCGUGUAUCUACUUGGUUCAUUUAUUUUUUGAUUUCCAGAUUUUUUUUUAAAUUAUUAUUUUUUUUUUCGAUAUUCGGAAUGGCUUUGCGAAACAUACAAAACCUAUAUUGUAUCGUUGUUAAUUUAUUUAAUUUAUUUCCAGCGAGCGGGACGAAUUUACUCGCUGAUUUGUUAUAGCGCUUGUAGAAAAUUAACAUCACUUUUUAUAUAAUAUUUUACUGUGUAAAAUCACUGUAUAUUUUUAUAUAAAUGAAUUAUAAAGUUUUCAAAUGUG